AUGCGAAUACUUACAACCCUAGUUCAUGACAAUACAUGUGAACUUGAGGAAUGCUCUAUUGAUGCAUUGGAAAAUUUGAAGACCCUCGGGGAAGCUGUAGAUGAAGUUUACGGCCCAUUGCUGCUGAUGGUGACUAUAUCAAGCGUUCCCCGAAUAGUCAUGGACUCAUAUGCAGUUCUUAUGCAGCUCUUUGAUUAUAAUUUGCAUGUGAAUAUUAUUAGCGAUGUUCAGGUCAAUCAACCUCAACUAGUUUUACCCAAAAUGGGUCUUGUUUAUAAACAUUGUAAAAAACGUAGGCCAUCGCUUCGAUCGAAAUCCGUUGAUUGUAGUGGCAGUGGACGGUUGCGUUGCUGCCGU